UUUUUUUUUUUUUAAUUUGUUGUUGUUGAUUUUGAAGGAAAGCCAUCGUCUUGUAUUUGAAGUUGAGGGAUCAAAGAAAAAGGAAAAAAACUAUGGCUUCCAAUUUCUGGACAUCGUCGCACUACAAGGAGCUUAAGGACCCAGAAGAGAUUAAUGUUGUUCAUCCUCUUGAUGCUCAGAGAGGAAUCUCUGUCGAAGAUUUCAGGCUCAUUAAGCUUCAUAUGUCUAAUUAUAUAUCGAAACUGGCACAACACAUUAAGAUUAGGCAAAGAGUUGUUGCAACUGCGGUAACCUAUAUGCGACGUGUUUACACAAGAAAGAGUUUGACAGAAUAUGAGCCUCGGCUUGUUGCUCCCACCUGCUUGUAUUUGGCUUGCAAGGCAGAGGAGAGUGUGGUGCAUGCCAAAAUUCUUGUCUUCUACAUUAAAAAAUUGUAUGCUGAUGAAAAGUUUAGAUAUGAGAUUAAAGAUAUUCUGGAAAUGGAGAUGAAGAUCUUGGAAGCAUUGAACUUCUAUCUUGUUGUAUUUCACCCGUACCGAUCUCUCCCUGAGUUCUUGCAGGAUUCUGGAAUCAGUGACACAAGUAUGACCCAUUUAACAUGGGGACUUGUCAACGACACUUACAGGAUGGACCUCAUCCUUACACAUCCGCCUUACCUCAUUUCACUCGCUUGCAUUUACAUUGCUUCUGUUUACAAAGAGAAAGACAUAAGGACAUGGUUUGAAGAGCUUUCUGUGGACAUGAACAUAGUGAAGAAUAUCGCAAUGGAGGUAUUGGAUUUCUAUGAAAACCACAGAAUGUUCACGGAAGAGAGAGUCCACGCUGCCUUCAACAAACUUGCUACUACAAACCCAUAAAAGUUUUGACGGGAAUCUUAGUCGACUUGUGUUUAUUUGUUUUGUUCACCCUGAGAAAUUUUAUGUUUUGGGAGAAGUUUCUGACAUGAGAUCAUUUCGUUUAUUGUA